CUCGGUCCCACUCACCUCGAGUCCUCUCUUCUCCAUUCAGUAUGGGCUGCAGUCAAUCCAAGGCGUCGACCGACCAGGUCGUAGAGCGCGUGUCGGUGGAAACCCCGGCAGCUGAAGCUCCGGUCCCUGAGAGCAUCAAGGCAACUGAACCCGAACCGGUCGUCGAGGCCCCACCCGCGGAUGAAUUGCCGCCUGCACCCGCUUCGGUUCCAGUUGAAGAGGCCCCAAAGACAGCAGAGUCGGUUGUGGAAGAGCCUGCUGAAGCCGAAGAAUCCCCCAAGACCGAACCUGGUGAGCAAGUCGUCGCUACAGCUGAAGAGGCUAUCGUUGAGGAUGCGCCGAAGACGGAAGAGAAGGUUUCUGAAGCCGAACCCGACGAGAUCCCGGUGAAAACUGAGCCUGAAGCCCCCGAGUCAGAGCCCGUCGUUGAAGAGGAAGCCCCCAAGUCUGAGCCUGUUGUUGAAGCACCUGUUGAAGAAGAGACUCCUGUCGAAGCGCCAGUUGAAGAGGCAAUCCCCGUUGAAGAGGUGACACCCGUUGAAGAGCCUAAGUCGGAGGUGAUUGCUGCGCCUAUCAGUGAGGUAAAGCCUACUACUGAAGGCACUUUGACCUUCAAGGCCGAGGACGUGGCGUUCAACGAAAAGGGCGUGGCCUACUACAAUUUUGACGGCUCUGACUCCAGUAACCCGGCCAACGAUGUCCACGUGUCCAAGCGCUACUCAGAGUUCAAGGCUCUGCAUGCGCAGCUCACUCAACAGUUAGCGGAUAACCAGGAUGAGAAGUCGUUGGACCUGCCUGCGCUGCCCAAGGCCUCGAUCUUACAGGGUCGCAAGAACAAGAAGAUGCUGGAUGACCGCAAAACUCAAUUCACCGCUUUGCUUAACGCUAUUGCCGCACACUCGGUGGCAUCUCAAAGUGACGUAUUCAAGAGCUUUUUGGCGUAGGCGUAGAGCUUCAAGGCUACAUGUAUCGGUAGGAAAACCUACACUUUUUUCGGUGCUAUGUAAAAUGUAUUUCUUACAACUCGAACAAUUGAC